GCUCAACCGCCGCCUCCCGCCUGCUUUCCGAACCGGACCGGCCGGCUGGGGUUGUACGAGGAAGCAGGUUCUGGAGCUCGUUCGUCGUUCCUCCAAACGGGCUCCGGCUUCGGAAAUUGCAGCCCAGGUCGGUUGUGGCCGAACCGGGCAACGCCGCGGGACUCGGGCGAAGGACACGGGCUGGAGCCUCCCGGCGUCUACCGGCGUCGGGGUUGGGGGGGUCGAUGCUUGAGCUGAAGGACCACGUGCUGCCACCCGGCAGGUGCCAGACCCGGACACCUGGGCCCCUUCCAUGGCCUGGACACCUGGGCUUCUUCCACAGACCCGGACACCUGGGCCCCUUCCAUGGCCUGGACACCUGGGCUUCUUCCACAGACCCGGACACCUGGGCCCCUUCCAUGGCCUGGACACCUGGGCUUCUUCCACAGACCCGGACACCUGGGCCCCUUCCAUGGCCUGGACACCUGGGCUUCUUCCACAGACCCGGACACCUGGGCCCCUUCCAUGGCCUGGACACCUGGGCUUCUUCCACAGACCCGGACACCUGGGCCCCUUCCAUGGCCUGGACACCUGGGCUUCUUCCACAGACCCGGACACCUGGGCCCCUUCCAUGGCCUGGACACCUGGGCUUCUUCCACAGACCCGGACACCUGGGCCCCUUCCAUGGCCUGGACACCUGGGCUUCUUCCACAGACCCGGACACCUGGGCCCCUUCCAUGGCCUGGACACCUGGGCUUCUUCCACAGACCCGGACACCUGGGCCCCUUCCAUGGCCUGGACACCUGGGCUUCUUCCACAGACCCGGACACCUGGGCCCCUUCCAUGGCCUGGACACCUGGGCUUCUUCCACAGACCCGGACACCUGGACACCUUCCAUGCGUGGACCAGUAUGGACUAGUAUAGGCCAGUAUGGGCCGCUAUGGGCCAGUAUGGGCCAGUAUGAGCUGCUAGAAACCUUCCCUUUCGCCAACCAGUAUGGACCAGUAUGGACUAGUAUAGGCCAGUAUGGGCCGCUAUGGGCCAGUACGGGCCAGUAUGAGCUGCUAGAGACCUUCCCUUUCGUCAACCAGUAUGGACCAGUAUGGAUCAUUGUGGACCACUAUGGGCCAGUCGGGGACGCCGAGGCCACCGGGCGCCUGGUCCAGGCGCUGGCCGCCCUGCAGGAGGGACUCUAG